AGUGGGUCUUUGUGGCAACAUGGUAUGAGGUGGCCUACUAUCCAACUACAGGAACAAAAACUACUUUCCAAGCUGUGCUGAUCUCUGGAGGAGAGAAGUCAUUUGUUCUCAUGAACUACGGUUCUCUUGCUGCAGCAGUUUGGAAUGUUCAGGCUGGCUAUGACACCAUAAACUCUUUUCACUAUUUUACUAUUCCUGGAUCUUUGUCAAGUUCUGCAUCAGGCGUCAACUCCACUUUUAGUCUCAGCAGCAACAUCAAUGUAACGGGUCGCUGGGCCUUCCAAAUAGACAGCGGUCCGGAUAACUUCAAGUUUAAAGGUCAUUUUUAUCCAAUUCCUGGACUUGCAAGUUACCGGUCACUCGAUGGAAGUUCUCCUCUGAUUUACCUGCAAAGACCUUUUGUCUACUUUGGAAAAACAUACAACUACAUUUAUGUCAACCACAAUGGACACUUGACCUUUAAUUCUCCAUUUAGCUCAUAUACACCGCAAAGAUUCCCACUCUAUGGAUCUAGGGACAUAAUCGCUCCAUUCUGGACAGAUUUAGACAACAGACAAAAUGGUUUUGUCCUCUACAACCAAUACACCAGUGGCAGUGUCCUCCAACAAGCUACACAGGACAUUAAUAGCUACUUCCCAAACCUCAACUUCAGUGCUGAGUGGGUCUUUGUGGCAACAUGGUAUGAAGUGGCCUACUUUCCAACUACAGGAACAAAAACAACUUUCCAAGCUGUGUUGAUCUCUGGAGGACAGACAUCAUUUGUUCUCAUGAACUAUGGUGCCAUUGCCUCAACAUCUCAGAACGUGCAGGCUGGCUAUGACACCAUAGACUCUGUUCACCAUUUGACCAUUCCUGGAUCUUUCUCAAGUUCAGCAUCAGGCGUCAACUCCACUUUUAGUCUGAGCAGCAACAUCAAUGUAACGGGUCGCUGGGCCUUCCAAAUAGACAGCGGACCUGACGGCUGCCAAUUUAAAAACAGAUCUGUGCAGUUGGGUGAUUUCUUCUGGAGCGACAGCAACUGCACACAAAAGUGCACCUGCACCACAUCAGGCGUUCAUUGUAUCACCAAGCUUUGCUCUUUCCCUGAAACCUGCCAGCAAACAAAUUUUCAGUUCCUCUGCUUCAAUGGUUCAUUGGCUUCAGCAGUCUUAAGCAACUUUUAUCCAAUUUCUGGAACUGAAAGCCCUCGAUCUGAUGAUGGAAGUUCUCCACUGAUUCAACUGCAAAGACCUUUUGUCUACUUUGGAAAUACAUACUACACAAUUUAUGUCAACCACAACGGACACUUGACAUUUUCUGCCCCAUUUGGAUCAUUUUCCCCUCAAAGAUUCCCAAUAUAUGGAUUCAAAGACAUAAUUGCUCCAUUCUGGACAGAUUUGGACAACAGUCAAACUGGCUCAGUUCUCUUCAACCAAUACACCAGUGGCAGUGUCCUCCAACAAGCUACACAGGACAUUAAUAGCUACUUCCCAAACCUCAGCUUCAGUGCUGAGUGGGUCUUUGUGGCAACAUGGUAUGAAGUGGCCUACUUUGGAGCUUCAAGAACAAAAAUAACUUUCCAAGCUGUGUUGAUCUCUGGAGGACAGAACUCAUUUCUUCUAAUGAACUAUGGUUCGAUUGCCUCAACAACUCGGAAUGUUCAGGCUGGCUAUGACACCAUAAACUCGUAUUACCAUUUCACCAUUCCUGGAUCUUUCUCAAGUUUUGCAACAGGCAGCAACUCCACUUUUAGUCUCGGAAGCAACGUCAACGUAACAGGUCGCUGGGCCUUCCAAGUAGACAGUGGAGUUAGAGGCUGCCAGUAUUAUUACACACCUGUUCAACUGGGUGAUGUUUUCUGGAGUGACAGCAACUGCACACAAAAGUGCACGUGCUCCACAUCGGGCAUUUUUUGCAUCACUGAGCUUUGCUCCUUCUCUGAAACUUGCGUGCCGACGAACUUUCAAUUCCUCUGCUUCAAUGUCUCAGUAGUGGUCCCCCCAGUUACCACCACAUUUGACCCACCAGUAAUAACAUCAGCAGAACCUCCAGUUAUUACAACCACAUCGGCUCCACCAGUUAUAAUCAAUUCAACACUUCCAGACUCUCUUUAUCCAAUUUAUGGAACUGCAAGCUCUCGAUCUGAUGAUGGAAGUUCUCCACUGAUUCACCUGCAAAGCCCUUUUGUCUACUUUGGAAAAACAUACUACACAAUUUAUGUCAACCACAACGGACACUUGACAUUUUCUGCCCCAUUUGGAUCAUUUUCCCCUCAAAGAUUCCCAAUAUAUGGAUCCAGAGACAUAAUCGCUCCAUUCUGGACAGAUUUGGACAACAGUCAAACUGGCUCAGUUCUCUUCAACCAAUACACCAGUGGCAGUGUCCUCCAACAAGCUACACAGGACAUUAAUAGCUACUUCCCAAACCUCAACUUCAGUGCUGAGUGGGUCUUUGUGGCAACAUGGUAUGAGGUGGCCUACUUUCCAGCUACAGGAACAAAAACAACUUUCCAAGCUGUGCUGAUCUCUGGAGGACAGAAAUCAUUUGUUCUUAUGAACUACGGAUCAAUUGCCACAGCUGGCUCGAAUGUUCAGGCUGGCUAUGACACAACAAACUCGUAUUACCAUUUCACCAUUCCUGGAUCUUUCUCAAGUUCUGCAACAGGCAGCAACUCCACUUUUAGUCUCGGCAGCAACGUCAAUGUAACGGGUCGCUGGGCCUUCCAAGUAGACAGUGGAGUUAGAGGCUGCCAGUUUAAUGACACGCCUGUGCAGUUGGGUGAUUUCUUCUGGAGUGACAGCAACUGCACACAAAAGUGCACGUGCACCACAUCGGGCAUUCACUGUGUCACUGAGCUUUGCUCUUUCUCUGAAACCUGCGUGGCGACAAACAUUCAGUUUCUCUGUCUCAAUGUCUCAACUCCUCCCCCAGUUACAACCACAGUAGCUCCACCAGUUACAAUUCCAAUUAACGACACGACUCUGAGUCAUUUUUAUCCAAUUGCUGGAACUGCAACCACCCGCUCACUUGAUGGAAGUUCUCCACUGAUUUACCUGCAAAGACCUUUUGUCUACUUUGAGAAAACAUACAACACCAUCUAUGUCAACCACAACGGACAUUUGACCUUUACUUCACAAUACUGGUCAUAUAUACCUCAAAGAUUCCCACUCUAUGGACCCAGAGACAUAAUCGCUCCAUUCUGGACAGAUAUGGACAUCAGACUAACUGGAUUGGUCCUCUACAACCAAUACACCAAUGGCAGUGUCCUCCAACAAGCUACACAGGACAUUAAUAGCUACUUCCCAAACCUCAACUUCAGUGCUGAGUGGGUCUUUGUGGCAACAUGGUAUGAAGUGGCCUAUUAUCCAACUACAGGAACAAAAGCUACUUUCCAAGCUGUGCUGAUCUCUGGAGGAGAGAAGUCGUUUGUUCUCAUGAACUACGGUUCUCUUGCUGCAACAGUUUGGAAUGUUCAGGCUGGCUAUGACACCAUAGGCUCUGUUCACCAUUUGACCCUUCCUGGAUCUUUCUCAAGUUCAGCAUCAGGCGUCAACUCCACUUUUAGUCUGAGCAGCAACAUCAAUGUAACGGGUCGCUGGGCCCUCCGAGUAGACAGCGGUCCAGAAGGCUGCGUGUUUAAUGACAAACGUGUGCAGUUGGGUGAUUUCUUCUGGAGCGACAGCAACUGCACACAAAAGUGCACGUGCACCACAUCGGGCGUUCAUUGUAUCACCAAGCUCUGCUCUUUCCCUGAAACCUGCGUACCGACGUACUUUCAGUUCCUCUGCUUUUUCAGUGCCCCCCACAGUUCCCACCACAUUGGCUCCACCAGUUAUAACAUCAACUGAACCCCCAGUCCCAACCCCAGACAAUGUAUCACUUCCAGGUUCUUUUUAUCCAAUUUCUGGAACUGCAAGCUCCCGAUCUGAUGAUGGAAGUUCUCCACUAAUUUACCUGCAAAGAUCUUUUGUCUACUUUGGAAAAACAUACAACACCAUUUAUGUCAACCACAAUGGACACUUGACAUUUAAUUCUCCAUAUUACUCAUAUAUACCUCAAAGAUUCCCACUAUAUGGAUCUAUGGACAUAAUUGCCCCAUUCUGGACAGAUUUGGACAACAGACAAAAUGGUUUUGUCCUCUACAACCAAUACACCAAUGGCAGUGUCCUCCAACAAGCUACACAGGACAUUAAUAGCUACUUCCCAAACCUCAACUUCAGUGCUGAGUGGGUCUUUGUAGCAACAUGGUAUGAAGUGGCCUACUUUGGAACUACAGGGACA